AUGACCCUACUAACCCGACUUCUAUCCCAGCAGGUGAUUGAUGACAAUGAGCCACCUACUUAUCAGGAGGCGACAGCAGGCUAUGGCGAGAUGGAGGCCCAGUUUGCCUGGGACGACAAGACCGUCCGGCGGAGCUUCAUCAGGAAGGUCUACGCCAUUCUCAUGGUCCAGCUGCUUGUGACAGUGGGAAUUGUGGCUUUAUUCUCAUUUUGUGCACCAGUAAGGUUUUAUAUCCAGACUCAUCCUGGCUUAUACAUGGCAUCUUAUUUAAUGUUCUUUGCUACAUACAUUGCACUGUCCUGCUGUGGGGAACUGAGGAGGCAGUUUCCUUGGAAUAUCAUUCUCUUAGUCCUCUUUACUUUGAGCAUGGCCUUCAUGAUGGGAUUUGUGUCAAGCUUUUACAACACCAAGUCAGUGGUUCUGUGUCUGGGAAUUACAUCUGUGGUGUGUCUUUCCGUCACCAUCUUCAGCUUCCAGAGCAAGAUUGACGUCACAUCCUAUCAAGGCGUCCUGUUUUCGUUGUGCAUUGUCAUGCUUCUCUGUGCCAUCACCAUCUCCAUUGUUGUCCCAUUUGGAUACGUUCCUUGGUUACAUGCCAUUUACGCUGUGUUAGGAGCCAUUCUUUUUACUCUGUUCCUCGCAUUUGACACUCAGAUGCUACUUGGGAACAAGCGCCACAGUUUAAAUCCAGAGGAAUACAUCUUUGCUACCCUCAGCAUCUACCUGGAUAUUAUCUACCUGUUCAGCUUCUUAUUACAGAUCAUGGGUGGAGGCCGCGAUUGAAAACAUGUACAUCAGUCCCUCAGUUGCUAUCUUGACUCUUAGAAACUCAACUUGGAUUUUUUACCCUCUUGAAAAAGAAGACAUAAGGGCUUCACUGAAUCACCAUUUUGAAGUUGUGUCACUUUUCUUUGAAGUGAGAGCAGUGUGUUUAUUUUUGGUGAGUGGUUGUGUAAUCUUAUCCAUAUAAUCCUGCUGCUGGUUUUGUCACUGUGCCCUGUCAUAGCUCAAACUAACCCAGAACCACGCUGUAAGAUUUUACUGUGGUCAUUCCUGUCGACUUGUUUUGAUAUUAAUGAGGUGUCUACUGUGAAUCCCACCUGAAAGUGUGUGUUUAAACACUCAUAGGUUGAUAACACGCCAAAAACAGUUGAGGGGUAAUAGACCUGAUACGUUUUCCGUUGCUGCACCAUUUUGUUAAUCCAUUAUGGAGCCAAAAAUGGGAAUAUUCAGGAAAUUUGCACUUUUUUAGUUUCAGCAGGGACUGAUUCAAACUUUCCUAGACAAGAUACAAUGUAUUUUAUAUUUGUUUCUAAUGCAUGUCAUCAUAGACAACACUUUUAAUAAUUUACCGCAUAUAUCGUCACCCUAUUAAAAAUAAUGGCCUAAGUCAUUUUUUUAAGUUUUUGGGAAAACACAAAAAACCUUACCAAAUGCAGAGCAUAUGAUAUUUAUUAAUCAUUUCAAUCAAAAAGGCCUUGACAGUGGAUGACUGUUGACAUACAUAGAACAUUGUGUGUCAAUUAUGUAACAUUAAAGAAUAAAGUGACUUAGGCCAAUUUUCAAACAUUCUAGUAUGACUUAGGUAACUUUAAACCUGGCUUAAACUGCCCUUUCAUUCCAUAGUGCAAACUCAAAACUGAAAUUACACUGAGUUAAAUUAAACAACUGUCAGGUAAAUCAAAUUGGCCAGGAGGCAGUCCCUUUCCUCACUUCUCCAGGUCUUCUUUGCUGGCUUUUUAUUGAACUUAACCCAUUUCCAACAUCCAGUUUUGACAACUUUUUGAAACCUGACUAUUAACUGUCCUUUAAUUCCAUAAAGCAACCUCAGAACGUAAAUAACUCUAACCUGAAUUGAACAAAUGUCAGGUCGAUAGUAAACCUUAUCACUCACCGGUAGAUACUGAUUCAAGAAUCAUGUUUAGGGCUUCUUCUGCACUAUAGAUUCUGUUGCUUCUUGAAGCAGCUGCCAUCAUGAAAGCUUGUUAAAUUGCCCAAGUCAGGCGUUUUAUCCUAAGGAAUCAAACAUUUUGACUUAGGAGA